CAGGCGACAGAAAAACGAAACAAAAUGUGCCUGUUGCGUUUCAAAAUCCUGAUGUCGGUUUGCAUAUCAUUGCUCGUCUUAUCAGUGCAGGUUUGUUCUGGCGCUUAUUAUGCAGACAAUGGCGUGGACCAGACUAUCAUUUACCGCACGUUGCCGAAGUCUGACAGGCGUGAAAUGCAGCAAGAAAUCUUGAACUUGUUGGGCUUAGAUCACAGGCCCAAGCCGAAGAUCCACGAGCGAAGGUUCUCCGCACCGCGUUACUUGCUCGAUCUGUACAACUCCUUCAAGGAUGAAGACAACGGGGAUAUUCACCUCGACGCUGCGAAAGCACACAAUGAGUUCAUCACAAACAACCAGAGCUUACGGAUGAUCAAUGACUCUGAUGUAAUCAUGAGCUUUCUCAACCAUGCCCAUCACCAUUCACCUCACCUCCGCCAUGACAACGAGAAACGGUUUUGGUUUGACGUCAGUGAAGUGUCUCCGCAAGAGAAAAUUCUCAAGGCAGAACUCAACAUCUACAGAGAGGCUACAGCCAGUAGUUUGCCAGCGGACCACACAUGCUCGCUUGAGAUCAGCGUACUUAGGCAUGGCAUCAAAAUUGAGGACGUUGUACUCCAGCAUGUGGACAAUCUGACAAUAGAUGAAAAGACUCAUGGGUGGCUUACCUUUAACGUCACUGAACCAUUUCUGACUUGGGUAGCGUUUCCUCAUGAAAAUAUGGGUCUCUUUUUGCAAACUCAUUGCAGAACAUCAGGCCACAAUAUGCACCCCCACGAGUUGCACCCACAUGAUCUGGGCCUAGUAGGGUCAGGUGGCCGCAGCGACCUGCAACCAUUUAUGGUGGCCUUCCUGCGUGACGGAGGCCCUGGUCGUCGUCGCCACCGUGUUCCUCGAGCUACCCGCAAGCGCCAUAGUGCUGACGUCAGCUACCCCGACCGUCAUGAAAAGAACCCAUACUUUGACACACGACCACCUGGACGUAGGAACAGCUGCCAGAAGCGAAACUUGUUUGUCAGCUUUAAAGAUCUUGGGUGGCAGGAUUGGAUAAUAGCGCCUGAUGGGUACACGGCCUUCUACUGCGAUGGGGAGUGCUCGUUCCCGCUCAACAUGAAUGCUACCAAUCACGCCAUUGUGCAGACCCUCGUGCAUCUUGUGGACCCUGUGCAGGCACCCAAACCUUGCUGCGCACCCACCCGCCUCUCAGCCAUCAUGGUGCUCUACUUUGAUGACAAUUCCAAUGUCAUCCUCAAGCGCUACAAGAAUAUGGUCGUCAAGGCUUGCGGAUGCCAUUAGGCUGCCUUAAGCUCCCUUCGCUCCAAGCGCAGUGUGGGCUAUGCUUUUUGGUCCCUCGGUUUUAAGGGCAUCACUUCUGGUGCAUGCCGGUAGGCUAACCAGCAGAAGUCAGUGCAACAAAGGAAACUUACGGGCCGGUGCACUCCCUAUCAGUGUUCCACCCCUAUCACAUGGGCACUGUCGAGUAUGGUUGAAUCAAUGCAUAUUCAGUGCUGCGAUGUGGUAAUGUUCAAGCACACUCGACUUUAGUCCUCCUAUACUCACUUAGAGUUCAUACUUUGAUCAUGAUUGAAAAGUUAAUUGCAGACUGACUUCAAUCGCAGCUGCUUGUGUGAUAGGGUAUAUUAUUUUUCAUGUUGCAAAGUGUCAGGAUCGUGGUCAGGAUGGACAGCAGAAAUGCUGGGACACCAGUCCAUGCCUGUCUCUACAAUGGGGCAUUGUUCUGCACCUUAUACUUCACAUGAAAGUUAACAGUUGCCUCAAGUGGUUGAGUGAGGUAAAUUUGGCCCGUUAUUACUGGCAGCGAUGCAGUUUUUAGUAGCAGUUUAAAAGAGAACCUCCAUAUCAUCACUCAUUGGUCUCCUCUGUUGGUUCAAAGGCACAAAAAUAUCAAUGUAAGGCUUCCUUUCUCACUAUCAAGAUUUUUUUUUUUUUAAAUGCAUGUGUAGGUCAGCUUUCAAAACAAUAGCAGAUAGUGACACACCAUGAAACAUUCAAGGCAGGGGUUCUUACAGAGCUUGUAUAUGUUGUUAUGGGACCAACAUAAGGCUUUACUACCACUACAUAUUUAUUGUAAAUGCAUGAAACUUAGUGAUGCACCUCUGAUGCUUUGAAAAGUUGUUCAGUGCAUUCUUUAGCAGUUUUCAUUUGUGCAAGGUUUGCCUCACUUCUCCUUUAGCCCAACAUUUUUAAGAAGUCGGAGUAUCAAACGGAUGCAGAUCCAAAACAUCUUAAACAAAGCAGGGACCACACUUUAAUCUUGUACAUGCAGUAGAACUUCAUUCAUACAUUAGGAAAAAUACAUGAGAAAAGCGUACUAACCAGGAAAACAUACGACCCGAAGUCACAAAAAAUUUGACGGACUACUGUAGCUGACAUCUGUCUAACGCGAAGCAUUGCGUGAAUUGAUCGCAUGAGAUGCACAUCGUUGUUCUUGUGGCUUCUGCAAGUUUACGCUUCUCGAAUUUGGCCCGAGUCAGCAGCUUCUUCAGGUGGGGCGCUUUGGCGGGAAGUUCUGACCUACCCACUUGGCGAGAAUCAUUGCAGUAUGAGAUGCCACCACGUGCCUCAACUGGUGGGGCCCGAGCGAUCCAACACCUGCAGUGUUGUUUUCCUAUUGCGUAGCGUUUUGAGAUAAUGACAGGAAACCAAAACUAAAUCAAGCUGGUGGGCAACACCCGAAUACGAUGCCACUAGGGCAAAACAUGAUGCUCACUUCGCGCCGCCUACAGCAGGGAACUCGGUGGCGCAUUUGGGUCAUCGCCUCUUAGAAGCGAUGACCACACUUAAAUGUCACACUUAAUGUGUGACAGUAACUUCCAAUGGCACUACGCCACACGUGCUAUGAAACAAGAUGCUUAUCACAAUAGGGUCGGCGGCAAUAGCUGUGAAUACAGUGUGCGACAACCCGCGAGGAGAUUUGCUGGUACCAAGAGGAAACAGUGCGUGCCGGCAUUUUCAGGUGACACGGGCGGGCGAGUAUGUGGGGAAGCUGCCGUGGCUGGCGCCUACUGCUCUUGAUCACGUGCCUUGCAGCUUUUCUUGUUCACAAGGGAUCUAGCAGCUGGAGAAUGUAUACGAUUGCUGUCUGGCGAUGUACUGAACGUUGGUGGAUCGCGUUUUUCGGGAACAUAUUAACUAGUAAAAAAGAAGCAUAACUGUAUUGCGCAGCUCUUUGUGUUCUCGAUCGCGAAUGUUGGAAGCGGGAAAUUGUAUACAACGGGAUCGUAUAAAUGAGGUUCUAAAGUUCCUACCAAACACAUAUGCCAAUGGCAUCUGAAUGUACAGUUGGCUUCAAAAGCUUAAAGACCGCAUGCCUCACUUUUAGUCAACUCUAUCCUGUGAAUUAGCUGCUCCCCAUUCGCCAGUGAAGGGUAGCCAACCGGGCUCAGCCUGGUUAACCUCCCUGCCUUUUCCUUUUGGCCUCUCUCUCUUGUUAACUAUGACUUUACCAGCUACAGAACAUGGUAUUUGAAAUGAUUAAUUCCAAGCAGCUUCAGAGAAGUGAGGCUGUUCACAGGUUCAAGUGUAUAGCCCAAAAGCAUACUUUAACAUCUUAUCCCUGCCAGAUAGCGCAAAUAUCGUAGCACAUCGUAGGUUUCAGACUCUGAACCUGGACAAUAUUCGCAUGCCGUUAGUAGCCUGUUAAUCAUUCUAUAUGACUAGCUUGCAAGCAAAAACAGAAUGUUUACUUAGUGUUUAAAUGACGUUAACAAAUUCUUGAGAUUUUGAUUUUGAGAGUUCACCGAGGGUGGCCACCUUUGCUGAUAACAGAAACCGUCACCAAAAAGUAGGAAUAUGGACGGUGGGACAUGUUUUUUGUGUAAAGUGCUUAUCUAAAAAAGAUACAUUAAAACAAAAAGGGGUGAUAUGCAGAGUUGUGCCAGCUGGAGCAAUAAGCGCUAAUGGUGGGCGGUCACAUAGAUUACGUUUUGGAGAGAAGCAUAUGGAGAACUAGUUUUCACUCAUCUGUGAAAACUGAGAAGAAAAGAGAAGCAUAUGGAGAACUAGUUUUCACUCAUCUGUGAAAACUGAGAAGAAAAAUACAACGAAAGGAUUUAUGGUUCAGUCUCGCAACUUCGGAUAACAUGAUGGUGAAAUGUUAAAGGAAUUGGGAAUGAAUUGGCUUGCCACAAUUCAGUUGCCUGCAGUGAUUGUCUUGCAGAGUGCUUCCGACACAGUUUAUAAUGUGCCAAUUUAGUGAGAACCGGAAAGCCGGCAAAUGGCGUACCAGUGUAGGAGCCAAACUGACAGCCGGCACUGUCAGGGAACACCAGCUGUGUUGUUGGGAAACUGGUCAGGUCGCAACCCUGUGUUCACCACUUUACUAGCAUAUUCAGAUCUUGGCACAGAAGUCUCUGAGCCACUGUGGGAUUACAAAGACCCGGUUAAUUUUUCUGCAUGGUAUUGUUAGUUAAAGGAAUAGAAUGUAUGCAUAUACUUAAUAUUACAAGGAGUGAUGUGCAUACUAAGUGCGAAGUAAUUAAGAGUCGUCGUCAGCCAUCAUUUUUUCUUCUGCAAGUCCUUGGCACCUACAUUGGGCACUAAGUGGAGCAGAGCAAUGAAUCUGGGUAUUAAACAUUAUUUUUAUCAUCAUUGUUAAGCGCUUAGGCUAGCCUCGUUGUGGUGGCUUAAUGGCUGUGUUCUGCUGCUGAGCAUGAGGAAUUUUAUUUCCAGCCUUGGCGGUAACAUUCGUAUGAAGGCUUAUGCUUAUAGGCAAAGCUGUGGGUUUUAAAUAAAUUCAGAGCUAUCUAUUGUGGCAUCUCUCUGUCCGUUUCAUUGCCCCAUGUUGUUUUGGGACGUUAAACUCAAAUCAAUGAAUCAAUAAAAAGCUAGCUUCAUUGAUGAUAAAUGGUUAAAUGCAGCCCUCAGACUAGAAUUGGGGUUUAUGUGAAACGAACUUAGACAUUAUCUAAUUAUGAUCAAAGGGUCAAAUGUACAAGGUGGCUAUACUUUUGGGUCUGGUUGAACUAGUAUUAUUCAAUGCCUGUCUUUGUCAUUAAAUGAGUCCACGGUCCCUUACUGCCCUCGACUCAAACCUUUUCAGCAUUUAGCCUAAAGCAAAGCAUUAGCAAUAUUAGUUGCACUCUAUAAUGAACAGUCACUGUUCACUGUCACUGUCAAUGCCCUUCAUAAAUGAAAUGUCACUGUCAGGGCCCUUCAUGCUAGGUCAUUGAUGUCCAUCACUAAUUGGUUCCUGCUGUGCAUGUUGAUGGAGGGACCAUUUGUAUUCAAGUGCUAGUGAAACGUAUUUACAUGAUGUGUGUGUUUUUACUAGGCUAUAGGUAUAUUCACCCAAGUAAUGCAUUUUAUAAGUUUUACUAGUUCUUUAUUGCUUUCUUCCUUUGUGCCACUUUUAUGUCUUCUAAUACAGAAGUUGUUGGAAUGGUUUGCAUGAACCACUCGCCGCAUGGGGCAUGAGGCUGCAAUGUUGAGAAGCUUCACUGAAGAGGCAUCAACUGUGUAGCACGUUUUCAAUGAGGAAGUAUAGAUGAAAUAUUUAAUUAUUUUAUCACUGUUUCGUGCUUUUCUUUCAUUUUUUUAUUUUUUUAUUUGUGGCAAUUUCAGUGUUGCAAAGCUACUCACUGCAGUACUUUUAAAGUGUCGCCUUUCAGAUAAUGCAAGUGUCUGAUGUUAGUUUGCUCUCAUUUUCAGACUGAUUAGAAAGGCUUGAUCUCUUUUUCAAAAGGCAAAAAAUGGUCACACGUCUGACAAAGUACGACUAAGUACAGGCAUUUAACUUUUAUAUGGCAUUGUUGUGUGUGUGUGUGUGUGUGUGUGUGUGUGUGUGUGUGUGUGUGUGUGUGUGUGUGUGUGUGUGUGUCUGUGUUUCUUCACCAAAACCAGUGUUGCAAAGCUUUUGUUGCUUGAAGCAUACUCACCGUAUGAAAUGUUAUGUAUUGUAAUACUUUCUGCAUAAACUAGACAAUUUAUUUUGGUUAACAGCCUCUUGGGCUGUUGUUACUGUUACUGCUACUCUGCCUAUUGUUUGUGGCUUAUGGAGGUAUGUAACAGCCUUUCACCAUGUCCUUUAUUGUGCGUACGCAUAAACUGCAGGUAAAUUUUGCUGUAUAGCUAAGUGUGCUCUGUAGGCAUUGCUUCUGCAGCGUAGAAUACUCUAUGCUUUCCUACUGCGCCGCUUACUGCAAUACUGUAUACAUAUUUUAUAAUGAAAAAUGUUGCUACAUCAGACAAGUUGUGGCAUGGAAAAAUGUUUCGUGGAUUUUUACGAAGUACCAAGUUUCGUUCUGUGUUGUCGUAUUUCUCAGGUUCCUAUUGAUUAUUUUUGCUGGUUGUUUAAUCCUUUCUUGUCAUACGAUUCCUUUAGUAAUGGUGAUGCUUUACAGGAAAUAUCCAGCACAGAGAAAGACAGGCCAAUGUUGUGUGAGAAAUCUCGAGUGCCACCAACUGAAAUUAUGUAAUUUUUUGGCUUAGUGUCUCAGAUAAGAUAGUUCUCCUUUAAAUUUCACAAGUACCCACAUGUUUUAUCACGCUUAGACUAUGCCCGUGUGUCAUAUAUUUGUGCUUGCCGCCUAAGGCAUGGUACACGUUAAGUAGAUUUAGAAUAGUUUUCUUCGCAGUGAUACGAUUGUGAACUUAAGAGUUUGAAGAAACAUAAGCUAUAUACACUGUACCGAAUUCUUGACAGAAGUCUUGGCCAUAUGGUGAAAAACUGCUGGGUAUUUAAACAAAUUCUACCCUCUCUCUUUUAAGGGUUCAACGUUCAGACUAUGAAUGAGCUACUUUAAUAAUAAAAUUUGGACAAGGAAGGGUUAAACGUACAACUUUAUCUAUACCCUAAGCUCUGUGACAAAAUUACCUUCGGUAAUAACUUAUGUACGUCACUGAUUUUCAUUUCACAUCAGCAUUGUUAAGUUGUGACAUACCUGUUUGUUUCUUUGUGCUUGCUGCGUGCUGGAGGGGUCAGCCUUUUUUCUAUGCUUCUUCUUUAAGUAAUCAUAACAUUGUUCCUUAAUGGGGACCAUAAAAUACUGUUAUAACUCUUUCCUUGCUGUUAGGCAUGGUCACACAGUUUUACGGGGACCAUAUGUGGGCCACAUAAAUGCACAGUCGGCUUGUGAUAAUUGAAACUCGCAUAAGUCAACAUAACGGUCAAUUCAAACAGAUCUCAAAUUUUAAUUAGCCCAUUAUGUUUUCAGUGAAUUUAGAAACGACUUGACCUCGAGUGGCCCGAAUGUUUUUAUGCAAAAAGAAAAACACCUAAAUUCAUCCUUAAAGCUUUUGCACGUGCAGUAAAAAUGUCCAGAGUAGCUUUUGCAUUGCAUGCUGCACCCGAGUGAAAUCAGCCUACUUAAAAAAAAUCUGAUAUGGACAUUGAGUACAAAAAAUUGGUAGUUUCGACUGAAUCUCAAAGCACAAAAAGCAAUGACAAAGCUGACUGUUAUGCUUGAGUUCCUCGGACAGUGUUAGAGUAUGUGAGGUCAAGAUGUUGGCAUGACACAGCAUAUGGAGCAACUGUUUUUGCCGAGCAGGAACAGAGCCCUGGUGGCUGCCAAGCGUGUCAUAAUGCUGGCACGAUGAGCAGUGCCGUCAGUGGUGCUGCAAGUGUUGCACCUUGAUGGCGCACGAGAUGAGACCAAUGGAAAUUCAUUGGCAUUUGUUCCUCAAGAGGAAAGCUAGUGUUUGCUCACGCCAUGGUCAUGCCAGGUGCAGUAGGCAGAACUCUGCCUUGGCUUCACUGCAGAGCUGGUUGAGCAAAGCUUGAAGGUGCGUCCACUUGGCAUCACCGUUUUUUGCAGCGAAAUGCACUGCAAAUCUCUCGCAUCUCUAAAAACUUAAACCUCUGCAUGCAGGUUGUGUAUGCGCCAUAGAUACCAUGAGAGCGCAGCAGUGUCAAUGAUGCAAACGUUCCACGAUUGUUCGUAUAAUUGCUAUCGCAAUAACAACUGCAUCUAUAUGCUUAUUUUCUCCUAAUGUAUGUCUUUCAACUUGGGAAGUAGACCCUCCCACAAAUUAUGGCAUUUUGUAAAGCAUCCAGUAUCAGACAGCUGAAGCUUCUAAAUUGUGCACCUGAAUGGAUGCAGUCAUGCUAGCUCCUUGGGGUGUUCAGCCUAAUCAGAUGUUUGUGCAGUGCUUCAUUAUUAGUGUGAGAUGAUCAUGCAGUGUUAUGCUGCAAUGAGACUAGACAGGAUGUCAGAAUCCAGCUGCUUCUGAAUUGUCCUUUCUUGAUUUGGGAGCUUAGAAUCAGCAUGUAGAACUGGACAGAAUAACUGGAUAGAAGAGCUUAAUUCAAACAAGUCCUUUUGGCCUACUCAGGCUUUUAGAUUCCCUGGGAGAGCAAGCUGGGCCGGAAACAGUGAACUGGGGGCAUUCAUAAAACAUGGAUAGCUGAAGCAUACCUAUGUUUGUCAUUCAGGCUGCUUUUCAUGUUGGCUGGCACCACUAUAUGUAGGUGUCUCCAAUUCAUUUUCACCAUUUUUUGCAUUAGUAACACCUUGAUGAGGGCCAGUUGGUUCAUAUUUAGAAGUGAGGAUUGAACAGCGCAAAUAAAAUAAGGACACGAAGAAACAAAUACCGCAGCACUUGUCUGUGGUAUUUGUUUCUUUGUGUCCUUUUUUUUUAUUCAUGCUAUUCAAUCCUCAGUUCACAAUUUUUGGUGAGCCCAUUAUGUUCUCAGUGGAUUUAUUAACUACUUGGAGCAAAUUUUGCGGUCUGGUUAACUGUACUUUGUAGGCGCACUCGUAGGUCGAUAGUCCUGGUGUGCCUGUAUGGUGACUCUGUUGUGUUCUCUUCUCCAUGGAACCCGGCGGUGGCCGGUGUUGUACGUUAUUUGGUGUACGCAUGCGUUUGUGCGAUCCUAACCAGUGGUUCUCUUCUGGACCUUAUUUUGUUCAGCUUCAGAUAGCUUGAACAAGAAUCGGUGGUUCUUAGGACUUUGAAUCAACACGAGUUGACUGUACAUGCCAUUGUUGCAGCUCUGCACUUGACGUGCUAUCUGUAGGUGUAGCGGAUGCUUUUGGGCAGACAUUUUCCUGUCAUAACUUCGGAAGUACUAUGUUGCAGGCUCUUUAGUAAUGCAGCAAGAGACCUAUGCUACUACACGACAGUUUUCACAUGUUAUUGUCAUUGAUUUCUGUAGUUAUGUGAGCAAAAAGAAAAUUUGUAAUUAAAGGUGCGCAUGCAUUUUGUCUAUUCUUGGUUUGCUUACAUAGAUGACUGUUAACAGCUGAGUGCAGACUGCAUUACUUGAAUAUGGUCUGUGUGUUCACUCUACUGUGAAAUGUGAGCAAACUUAAUUCAAACAUUUAACUCUGGCCCAGCUCCAGUUUUUAUUUAUGAAUACUUGUAAUACCCAGAAAUUCUUCUUAAUUCAGUCAUUAGACAUCAUGAACUAAGUUUGCUUAAUUAGAAACAUUAAACACUAAUUUAAACCAAUUUAGAAAAAUUUGAGAAAUGAGUCUUUGUAAACUGAUCCAAAAUAAAGUUUACAGCUCUGUAUCUUCACAGAUACAAAAAAAUAAAUACAGAUAUUGUAACAUACACCUGUUGGUGCACUGAAGUGGACAAGAAUGACAUCUGAUAUGCGGCUCUACUUCGCACCACUACGUUGCGGGUGGCACCGUUGAAAAUCUCAUGAAACCAAAUAUACAGUUCACAAGCUGUUUAAACACUUUAUCCCAAUUCCUUCGCAGAUUUGUGAUGCCUUUUGCAGAGCUUUUGCACUACUCAGGUUUUUUUUUUUUUUUUUUUUUUCGCUUCAAUAUUUUUUUCUAAAGUGUGGAUAGCUUAAAUCAAAAUUUUGUCCUUAUCAAUCAUUAGAUUUUCAGUUUUUAAGUACUGUAGGGUUAAUUUGAAUCAGUUCAGCAGUUUCACAGUGCGAACAUUCCUGCUUGUUGCAUGUGUCUGAAUAUAAAAGUUGGAUUUGGGCUAAUCUUUCUUCGGUGACAUUGUACCAGGCUUGCCGUAACCCAGUGGUUUUCAGUACAACAUUUAAGAGGAAGCUUUAGCUCUGCCCCACCUCCGACGCCGCCUAUCCAAAUACAUACAUGUAAAACGCAGAACUGCUUUUCUUAGGUGACCUUUGGGUCGAUUUUAAUGAAAAUUAUGGCAUUUGAGAGAAAAGGUUCGAUUUUAGUGACUGCUGAAAGCAGAAUUUUGAGUUAUGGCCUGAGGUUUUUUACAGAAAUUGCUGAAAAUUGGCGAGUUUGAAAAACAUAGAAGCACGAAGUUUACAAAUCUGCAACUCUGCACCAAGAACAAAUAUCUCAAUUCUGCAAAUUGCAUCCGUCAAAACAUCCAAAGCGGACAAAUUUUAUAUAAUAAUUUAUACAUUACAUGAAUUUGUUACAAUGUUUAUCAAGGGUUUGCAAAAGUGCUACUCACGUGUUUGGUGUAGUUGAGAGCCAUGUAUCAAAUUUUGCAAUUUACAGAAUUGUGCUAUGUUGUAUUGCUGGGUUAGAGUUGUAAACUUCAUAGUUCAUAUAAAAAUAUUGAUGUCUUUAUAUAAACUAUAUAUAUAGAUCUUAAACAUUGAUGUUUUCAGAAAAACAUUGGUGGCCUAAAUCGAAAAUUCGCUGCCAACAGUAACUAGAUUUUAAGUUUUUCUUUUAAAUGCAACAAAGCUCAUCAAAUUUGCUGCACUGGUUGCCAAAAAAAAAAAAAAAAUGGUCUCUCCUUUCCCAUGUAUUCAGAUAGGAGCCCCCUAGCUAAAGCUUCUCUUAGAGGUCAACUGCAAGAAAAUUUCAGUUUGGCUAAAUUUGUAAUAAUUUGGUUAUACUACUGAAGGCAAUCUCGGCAAAGCUGCAGGGCUGGUAAUUGACUAAUUUUCCUCUUAGCAGCCACUAAGCAGCACCUAAGCAGAUUACACGUGCACCUACCUCGUACUUGGCAAAUAUUACGACGGCCCAGCAUGUUGUCUCCGAGAUUUUACAGCGUGUUACGGGCAACUGAGAACGGCAGCCACUUUUCAUCAAUUCCAGCAUUACUGUAAUGCUGCCGUGCUUUUCAGUUUUGGCAUCAAGAACGUCUCCGUUUGCGAGCCUUUUCGUGAUGCAUCCACUCGUAUUUCAAACGUAAAAUUUCUCACAGAGGCUGCUCUUUAUUUACACUAUCUGGAAUUAGGCUUUUUAUCCGACCAAAUAUUUUGUUGCAAUUGGCCUUUGAUUCUCACCAUGUCGACUACCUGUUUGGCACAUUAUCAAUCUGGAAAAGCAUUAAUGUGCUUUACUGCUUCACUUUUUAGGGCUUUUGCCUGUGUCGAGCAAUUUCUGGCUUGUUUAAAGCGUUCUUGAACAUCUGUGUUAGCUGUUUCUUUAGCUUUAGUCAUUAUACACUAGUGCCAAGUUUUGUGUACAAAUUCUGUGCAUUUCCAUUAGCGCUUUUUCACCGUGUAGUUUUUUUACCUGUGACAUGCGCCAGCUUUUAUUCCAGAAUCAUGAGCCUUGAGCUUUUUUUAUCCAUUUUUUUUUCUCUCUCUCUUUUUGAAUGACACUCAUGUGUUCAAAAGUUGUUUCGUGCCUUAUCCAGUAUUUUGCGGUGUGACUGUGAGCAUGCACAUUGAAGUUAUGUAUGCUGCAUUUAAGUGCCUUGCAAUGCCUUGCUCAAGUUACGGAUUGCACAUGAUAAGGUAUUGUAAUUCUGAAUAAAGUUGUUGGCUAUUCAGA